AUGUCUGAUUCAAUUUUGUCAAUAAACGUUAAUCCAAGUAAGCAUUGCAAAAUUUUUAUCAAUGAUGAAAACUCUCAGCAAAAUAUUGCCAACAUAUGUAAGAUUUAUGAUGUAAAUGAUUUUAACUCUGAAAUGAAAAUAAUUAAAAAUCAAUUUAAUCAAAAUUUAUUCAAUAUUCUACAUAUAAACGUAAGAAGUUUGUUGAACAAAUCUGAUGACAUUUAUGAUUUCUUGCGAGAAUUGAAUUUUGAGAUUGAUGUUCUCGCAAUUUCUGAAAGUUGGCUCAAUGACAGCAACGAAAAUUUGAUUAACAUUAACGGAUAUGUCUUUAAAGGUAAGCACCGAAAAAUAAAACACGGUGGAGGAGUCGGCUUUUACAUAAAAAACAAUUUAGAUUACAAAAUCCGAGACGGCAUAACAAGUAUAAAAAAUGAAUUCGAAUUUCUCGUUCUAGAAAUAAUAAACAGACCUAUCACAAAAAAUGUUUUAAUCAUUGUGACAUACCGACCACCAACUUAUGAUGUCAAUUCGUUCAUCGAAUGUUUAGAUGAUAUUUUGCUGGUUGCAAAUCAUGAAAACAAAUUAAUAAUAGUUGCAGGUGAUUUCAACAUUGACCUGUCAGAAAGUAACAACAAAAACAAUAAGUUCAAUUUUUUGCAACUUAUGAACAGUUACAGUUUACAACAAACAAUAACAAUUCCGACAAGAGUAGAAUGUAAUCGACAAUCUAUUAUUGACAACAUCUUCACAAACAUUCCUGAAAACAUCUUGGUUUCCGGCGUUAUUUCUCACUGUCUUUCCGACCACCAGCCAGUUUUUUCAUCAAUCAAUCUUUCAAAAAAAAUGUUUAUGUUUCCUGAAAAAAGAAAUGCUCCAUCAGUAAAAUUUUCUUAUUCAACAAACAGAAUCAACAAUCUAAAUCAACGUCUCAGUCAGGUGAACUGGCAAGUCGUAUAUGAGAGCGCAAAUAUUGAAGAGGCAUUCCAAACUUUUAUAACUAUUUUCCAGGAAUCUAAUUCAGCUACACUCUGGUCAGAUGUAGUUCAAUCUCCAUUAGAAGACAACCCUUUGCCAUUCAGUAUUGUUGCUCGUAACAAAAAAAGACCAAGACUUAACAAUUCACCUGAAACCAAUCAACCUAAUCCUGCAAUAACUAGCAACAAAUUGGAAUCAUCAAAAUUACCAACUAAAAUAGUUGGCGCUAAAAAAAACGAUAAUAAUAAACUCAGUGCUGAUAAAAAAUUGAUCAAAAAAUCUGUAUUUGCCAUGAGCAACAUCAAAAAAUGCAGCAGAAGUAAUGUGAUUGACUACCUAUCGGAGGUGGGUAUUCAGGUAAUUUCGUGCUAUCCAGUGCAGAAGCGCUCUCUGGCUCCGUCAGGUACUCUGCCUCGUAAUGAAGACGAAGACUCAACAAUGUUCAGAGUAUGCAUCAACGCCAGUGAUACUUCUAAAAUUCAAGAUCCUGACAAUUUGCCAGAAAACGUAAUCAUCCGUGAAUGGCGGUUCCUCAACAGUAAAUCUGGCCAUACUACAUCAACUAACAAUGGCUAA